UCCUGCGUGCCGGGUCCGGGUCUGGUUCUGGUUCUGCCGGGUCUCACGGGUCUGAGCUCCACGCGUGGGUUCGUGUUUCCUCUUUGGACGCGAUGGCUGCGUUUGUUGCGUUUGUUGGAGCUGAAAGUCAAAGCUGAAGGACGGAAUCUGGACCCGGUGGACCCCAACCCUGAGGGUUGAGUCGGGGUUACCAUGGGAACCGUCUCCAUGGGAACCGUCUCCCCCCCAGCGCUGCUCCUCCUCCUCCUGCUGUCCCAGCCCUGCGUUUCCUCCCGACCCCGGGUCACCGACCGAUCCGGGCCGGAGCCGCCACAGACCGUCGGGAACGCCACGGCGUCGGGGAAGAGGACGUGUUCCGGCGUCGUGGACUGUAAACCCGGAAUCCUGUUGCCCGUUUGGCUACCGAACCAUCCGCCGGCCGCGGAGCAGGCGGGCCGGGCCAUCGUCUACUUCCUGUGUCUCAUGUACAUCUUCCUGGGAGUUUCCAUCAUCGCUGACCGAUUCAUGGCCUCUAUAGAAGUUAUUACCUCUCAGGAGAAAGAAGUGACCAUCACUAAACCCAACGGUGAGACGACGGUGACGACGGUCCGAGUCUGGAACGAGACGGUUUCCAACCUGACGCUCAUGGCCCUGGGCUCGUCUGCGCCGGAGAUCCUGCUGUCCGUCAUCGAGGUUUGUGGUCAUAACUUCAGCGCCGGGGAGAUCGGCCCUGGAACCAUCGUGGGAAGUGCAGCCUUCAACAUGUUUGUGAUCAUCGGUUUGUGCGUCUGGGUCAUUCCGGACGGAGAGUGUCGUAAGAUCAAACACCUGCGAGUGUUUUUCAUCACAGCGUUCUGGAGCAUCUUCGCCUACAUUUGGCUCUACCUGAUCCUGGCCGUCAUCUCUCCAGGGGUUGUUGAGGUCUGGGAGGCCAUCGUGACGCUGCUCUACUUCCCCAUCUGCGUGAUCUUGGCCUGGAUCGCCGACCGCCGCCUGCUCUUCUACAAGUACAUGCACAAACGUUACCGGGCCGAUAAGAGACACGGCAUCGUGGUGGAGAUGGAGGGAGACGUUUCUCCCAAAGACGUGAUCCUGGACGGGAAGGAGGCCGGUUCCUGCCCCGGUUCCUCCGGGGUGACGGUGUCGGUGCAGACGGGGGACGACCUGGACCAGAACAGAGACGAGCUGCUCCGGCUCCUCAAGGACCUGCAGGACAAACACCCGGACAAAGACCUGGACCAGCUGAUCGAGAUGGCCAACUACUCGGCUCUGGUGCAGCAGAAGAAGAGCCGGGCCUUCUACCGGAUCCAGGCCACCCGCAUGAUCAUCGGCGCCGGGAACGUCCUGAAGAGACACGCGGCCGAGCAGCGGCGCCGGGGCCGGGACUCGGACCGGGAAACCUGCUCCCACGUCAGCUUUGAGAGUUCCCAGUACCAGUGCACCGAGAACUGUGGGUCGCUGGUCCUGGUGGUGGUUCUGGACGGGGGAACCGGACACAACACCUUCUACCUGGACUACCAAACCGAGAACGGCUCGGCCAACGCCGGCUCCGACUACGAGAGGGCCGAGGGAACGCUGGUGUUCCGGCCCGGGGAAACCCGCAAGGAGAUAAAGGUCGGCAUCCUGGACGACGACGUGUUCGAGGAGGACGAGCAUUUCUUCGUGCGUCUGCAGCGUCUCCGGUUGGAGGAAACGGGCCCUGAAGGGACCGGGUCUCCUCCCCGGGGCCGGCUGGUGGAGCCAACGGUGGCCACCGUCACCAUCCUGGACGACGACCACGCCGGCAUCUUCACCUUCGACCGGCGGCUGCUGCGCGUCAGCGAGAACUCGGGGACGCUGGCGGUGACGGUGGUGAGGAACUCCGGCUCCAGGGGAACCGUGGCCGUGCCGUACCACACCGAGGACGGGACGGCCAAGGCCGGGGUCGACUACGAGGAGACGAGAGGAGAGCUGGAGUUCACCAACGAGCAGACCAGUCAGACGCUGAAGGUUCGCAUCAUAAACGUGGAGGAAUAUGAGAAGCAGGAAAACUUCUUCAUCGUCCUGGAAGACCCCAAGUGGUUGAAGCGCGGCCUUUCUGCUCUGCUGCUAAACCAGGGCCACCCGACCCCGGAGGAGGAGGAGGCCCGGAGGAUUUCUGAGAUGGGGAAACCCGUCCUGGGGGAGCACAGCCGGCUGGAGGUCUCGAUCCAGGAGUCCUGCAACUUCAAGAACACGGUGGACAAACUGAUCAAGGACACGAACCUGGCCCGUGUGAUCGGAACCCACUCGUGGAAGGAGCAGUUCAAGGAAGCCGUCACCGUCAGCGCAGGUGAUGGAGAUGACGACGAGGAACCUCGGAGUCCAAACUGCUUCGAUUACUUCAUGCACAUCCUGUGCGUCUUCUGGAAGCUUCUGUUUGCCUGCGUUCCUCCCACCGGCUACUGGAACGGCUGGGCGUGUUUCCUGGUCUCCAUCUCCGUCAUCGGCUUCCUGACGGCCGUGAUCGGAGACCUGGCCUCGCACUUCGGCUGCACCGUCGGCCUGAGAGACACCGUCACCGCCGUGGUGUUCGUAGCGCUGGGGACGUCGCUGCCCGACACGUUUGCCAGUAAAGUGGCGGCGAUCCAGGACCAGUACGCCGACGCCUGCAUUGGCAACGUGACGGGCAGCAACGCGGUCAACGUGUUCCUGGGCAUCGGCCUGGCCUGGUCGGUGGCCGCCAUCUACUGGGAGGUGAAGGGCGUGCCCUUCCACGUGGACCCGGGCUCGCUGGCCUUCUCCGUCACGCUCUUCACCAUCUUCGCCUUCUUCAGCAUGGGACUGUUGAUGUUCCGCCGGAAACCGUCCAUAGGGGGCGAGCUGGGCGGCCCGCGGGUCCCCAAGGUGCUCACGGCGCUGUUCCUGUUCGGACUCUGGUUCCUGUACGUGCUGUUCUCCAGCCUGGAGGCCUACUGCCACGUCCAGGGUUUCUGAAGGUUAGAUACCACCUCCACCUGGACUACACCUGGACUACCGUCACCAGAACUACACCUGGACUACCGUCUCUCCUGGACUCUGGUUUCUGUACGUGCUGUUCUCCAGCCUGGAGGCCUACUGCCACGUCCAGGGGUUCUGAGGGGAAACACCAACACCUGGACUCACCUGGACUACCAUCACCAGAACAUCCACCUGGACUACCAUCUCUCCUGGACUACCAUCUCACCAGGACUCUAGUACCUGUACAUCCUGUUCUCCAGCCUGGAGUCAGACUGCCACGUUCAGGGGCUCUGAGGGGGUUCUGGGGCUAAAUACCACCUUCACCUGGACUACCAUCUCAACGGGACUCUAGUUUCUGUACAUUUACUGCCACGUCCAGGGGUUCUGAAGGAGAUACCACCUCCACCUGGACUACCGUCUCACCUGGACCACCGUGUCUCCUGGACUACCAUCUCUCCUGGACUACCGUAUCACCUGGACUACCAUCUCUCCUGGACUACCGUCUCACCUGGACUACCGUCUCACCUGGACUACCGUCUCUCCUGGACUACCAUCUCUCCUGGACUACCGUCUCUCCUGGACUACCAUCUCUCCUGGACUACCGUCUCACCUGGACUACCGUCUCUCCUGGACUACCAUCUCUCCUGGACUACCGUCUCACCUGGACUACCGUCUCACCUGGACUACCAUCUCUCCUGGACUACCGUCUCACCUGGACUACCGUCUCACCUGGACUACCAUCUCUCCUGGACUACCAUCUCUCCUGGACUACCGUCUCACCUGGACUCUGGUUCCUGUACAUCCUGUUCUCCAGUCUGGAGGCGUACUGCCGAGUCCAGGGUUUCUGAGGGGGGUGGGGCUAGAUACCACCUCCACCUGGACUACCAUCACCAGAACUAAACCUGGACUACCGUCUCAUUAUACAGUCUUCAUUAUAAAAACACGUGGAAGUUACAGACUCGUAAACACAAACUUUUGGUUGUUUCCACGACGACUGUAGCAGAAAAACCUCUUUAUUAAUGAUUAAUGAUUCCUUUGUUUUAAGUUAUUUAAGUGUUUCUGGAUUAAAACAGAAACGCUGGAGUCGCUGGAGACCUGGAGACUCAAGUUUAGGAUCAGAUUAAUUAAUUUACUGAUCAAUCACGUAGUUAAAGUAGAUAAUCAGUAAAAGCUGCUUUUACACGGAUCAUCUGUGUGAUAAUAACACACUGUUCAGAUCUCAGACAGAAUAGAACAGAACUAUUAUAAACUAUUAUAAACUCUGUUUCUGUUGAAGCUGCUGCUCAGGACAGUCUGAUUUAUCAGGUUUAAACACGGAGUUUAAUAACUAUUUAAAUCUGAGUUUAUCAGGUUUAAAACACGGACUUUAAUCACAGUUAAAUAUAUUUAAUCUGUGGUCGGUGAGCGUGAACUACAGUCUCACCUGGACUACAGUAUCACCUGUUGGUGAGACUGUUGGUCGUUUCCAGGACGACUGUAGCAGAUAAACCUCCUCUUUAUUAAUGAUUAAUGAUUCCUUUGUUUUAAGUUAUUUGGACUAAAAGCACUGAGUUUCUGGAUUAAAACAGAAACCAGUCACCGUUUUCUGUGCUGGAGUCGCUGGAGACCUGAAGACCGUUUUUUUUUGCGACGAGAAGUCAGGGGGUAAGGGAUAAGGGAGCCCUCCUGCCCCGAUGGGACAUUUUUU